AUGGCGGCCGCAGAGACUCGUAGGCUGCUCGAGCAGCUCAUGGGCGAACAGGCUUUCACUGGAGCAGAUGUCCGCGCACCUCAACUCAGCAUUACAGACCCGAAGGUCUGUAGAUCCUACAUGCUCGGUCAAUGCCCACACGACCUCUUCACAAACACAAAACAAGACUUUGGCCCAUGUCCAAAGACACACAGCGACUCACUCAAGACCGAAUACAGCGAGGCCUCGCCAGAGCAGAAGAAAGAAUGGGGGUUCGAGUUUGACUAUCUGAGGGAUAUGCAGAAGCUCGUCGAUGAAUGCAACAGGCGCAUUGAUGUAGCUCAGCGGCGGUUGGAGAAGACACCAGACGAGAUUCGACAAACUAAUACUUUGCUCAAACAAAUCAAUGAGUUGACCAAAUCGAUCGAAGCAGGUAUGCUCGAAAUCAAGAUCAUGGGCGAGGAGGGUUGCGUGAAUAUGGCUGUCACCGAGUUCUUCAAGGUUAGGCAGAAGAAGCAAGAAAAGGAGGAGCGCGAACGAGAGCUCAAAGCACUGGCAGACACAGGAGGACCUUCUGGACAUCAAAAGCUACAAGUCUGUGACGUGUGUGGUGCAUACCUCAGUCGACUGGACAACGACCGACGUUUGGCGGACCACUUCUACGGAAAGAUGCACCUUGGGUAUGCAUCCAUGCGGAAGUCUUACGAAACCCUCCAAAAGGAACUCAAGGGUCGCGUGCCCCCUCGCCAGGAUUACUCGUCCCACAAUGACCGCGGCAUGGACGGCCCUCGCGGCGGUUCCGGAGGUUGGGGAGGUGGAGGCUAUGGUGGCGGCGGCGGUUAUGGAGGACGCGGUGGAGGGCGCCGAGGUGGUGGUCGUGGAGGAGGUAGGCGUGGUGGAUGGUAG